AGAGUGAAUUAGUCGUUUAGCAGCGGCCAAUUCAGAAGGUUGUUCUGUUUCGUUCACGGUUUAACUAAGGAAUAUCCCAAAAGCCACGUGGGUUUUAAAAUAAGUCACAAAAAACCGACAAUUUUGUGUGUUAUUUCAAAGUUUUUUUCAACACAACGUUUGUUUAAAACGCAAUACAAAUUUAAUUUCCACAUAUUCCAGUAAAAAACACAGCCGAAAACAACAACAGCAACAUGUCAACACCCAACUGCUAUUUAGUCCUUGAAGACUCCACUGUCUUGCCGGGUCAAUACUUUGGCGCCAAGGCGCCCGUUGAUGGUGAAGUUGUAUUUCAAACUGGUAUGGUCGGUUAUCCCGAAUCGAUGACGGAUCGUUCAUAUCGUGCACAAAUAUUGGUCCUCACCUAUCCGCUGAUUGGUAAUUAUGGUGUACCGGACUUCAAUGAAAAGGAUGAACAUGGCUUGCCAAAACAUUUCGAAUGGUUGGAGGGUAUUUCCAUUGCUGCCCUGGUUGUGGGUGAGGUGUGUGAGCAGCCUUCCCAUUGGCGUGCCAAAGAAACUCUCUCCAAAUGGAUGGAAUCUCAUGGUGUACCCGGUAUCAGUGGCAUUGACACUCGAGCCUUGACCAAGAAGAUUCGGGAAAAUGGUUCCAUUUUGGGACGUAUUGUUUAUGAGUAUCCAGAAAAUGUCAAGGAAUUGCAGUUUUCCGAUCCCAAUAGCCGCAACUUGGUUGCAGAGUGUUCGGUGAAGAAAACUAUGGUUUUCAAUGAGGGUGGCUCGCCCCGCAUUUGUGCCAUUGAUUGUGGUUUGAAAUUGAAUCAAAUCAAAUGUUUUGUGAGUCGGGGUGCUCGUGUGGAAUUGGUGCCAUGGAAUCAUGAUUUGGAUGAGCCGACCUUUGAUGGUCUCUUCAUUUCCAAUGGACCCGGUGAUCCAGUGGUGUGCAAGGAUACGGUUACACAAGUUCGAAAGAUUUUAAAAUCCGGCAAGAAACCCAUUUUUGGUAUUUGCCUGGGUCAUCAAUUGCUCUCGACGGCCAUUGGCUGUAAGACCUACAAAAUGAAAUAUGGCAACAGAGGUCACAAUUUGCCAUGUAUCCAUCAUGGCACCGGACGCUGCUUUAUGACUUCUCAAAAUCAUGGUUUUGCUGUGGACACUGAGACCUUGCCUGCGGACUGGGAGCCAUUGUUUACCAAUGCCAAUGACAAUACCAAUGAGGGUAUUAUCCACAAAGAAAAGCCCUAUUUCUCGGUACAAUUCCAUCCAGAACACACUGCCGGUCCCGAAGAUUUGGAAUUGUUAUUUGAUGUCUUCCUGGAUGCGGUAAAAUCUCAGGGAACUGCCACCAUCAGUUUACGCCAACAGCUGAUACAACGUCUCAUGUACACACCCAAACCAGAAUCUCUACUGGAAAAGAGACCACGCAAGGUCUUGAUUUUGGGAUCAGGCGGUCUCUCCAUUGGCCAGGCCGGAGAAUUUGAUUAUUCCGGUUCGCAGGCCAUUAAGGCCAUGAAAGAGGAGAAAAUCCAAACGGUUUUAAUUAAUCCCAACAUUGCCACCGUGCAGACAUCCAAAGGCUUGGCAGACAAAUGUUAUUUCCUUCCCCUGACGCCGGAAUAUGUGGAGGAUGUCAUCAAGGCUGAGAGGCCCAAUGGAGUCCUCUUGACAUUUGGUGGCCAAACCGCACUGAAUUGUGGCGUGGAGCUGGAAAGAUCAGGGGUAUUUGAAAAAUACAAUGUCAAGAUUUUGGGUACACCAAUCAAGUCGAUUAUUGAAACAGAGGAUCGCAAAAUCUUUGCCGAGCGUGUGAAUGAAAUCGGAGAAAAAGUGGCUCCCUCAGAGGCUGUAUACUCCGUCGAAGAAGCUUUAAUGGCUGCCAAGCGAAUUGGUUAUCCCGUUAUGGCUCGUGCUGCCUUCUCUUUGGGUGGCCUGGGUUCGGGUUUCGCCGACAACGAAGAAGAGCUGGAAACAUUGGCAAAACAUGCCUUGGCCCAUUCCAGCCAAUUGAUUAUUGACAAGUCGCUGAAGGGUUGGAAGGAAGUGGAAUACGAAGUGGUGCGUGAUGCCUUUGAUAACUGCAUCACAGUGUGUAAUAUGGAAAAUUUGGAUCCUUUGGGUAUCCACACGGGCGAAAGUAUUGUGGUAGCCCCUUCGCAGACCCUGAACAACAAGGAAUACAAUAUGUUAAGAAGCACAGCCUUGAAGGUUAUUCGCCAUUUCGGUGUGGUGGGUGAAUGUAAUAUACAAUAUGCCCUGAAUCCUUACUCUGAGGAGUAUUACAUCAUUGAAGUCAAUGCUCGUCUCUCGCGUAGUUCUGCCUUGGCCAGUAAGGCCACCGGUUAUCCUUUGGCUUAUGUGGCUGCCAAGUUGUCUUUGGGUGUGGCCUUGCCUUCCAUUAAAAAUUCGGUAACCGGUGUGACCACAGCCUGCUUUGAACCCUCUCUGGAUUAUUGUGUGGUGAAAAUACCCCGUUGGGAUUUGGCCAAAUUCAUAAGGGUUAGCAAAAACAUUGGCAGCUCAAUGAAGAGUGUGGGUGAGGUAAUGGCCAUUGGUCGCAAUUUUGAAGAGGCCUUCCAGAAGGCAUUGCGUAUGGUGGAUAAUGCUGUGACCGGAUUCGAUCCCUAUCUGCAAAAGGUCAACAAUGAUGAGUUGAAGGAACCGACCGAUAAACGGCCAUUCGUUCUGGCAGCUGCCCUGAAGGCUAACUACACUGUGGAUGAACUGCAUUCCCUGACCAAGAUUGAUCGUUGGUUCUUGAAUAAAAUGAAGAACAUCAUUGAAUUCUACAAGGAAGUGGAGGAGUCGGGCAGCUCGCUUAGCAACGAUCAGUUGUUGCAUGCCAAGCGCAUGGGCUUCUCCGACAAACAACUGGCCGAGGCCAUCAAAGUCACCGAAUUGGCCAUAAGACAACAGAGAAAGGAGGCUGGCAUCAUACCCUAUGUCAAGCAAAUCGAUACCGUGGCCGGAGAAUGGCCAGCAGCCACAAAUUAUUUGUAUCUAACCUACAAUGCCUCGGAGUAUGACAUUGAGUUCCCCGGUGGUUAUACCAUUGUGGUGGGUUCGGGUGUCUAUCGCAUUGGCUCCUCCGUGGAAUUCGAUUGGUGUGCCGUAGGCUGUCUACGAGAGUUGCGCAAUUUGGGCAAAUCCACCAUUAUGAUCAACUACAAUCCCGAAACCGUAUCCACCGAUUACGAUAUGUGUGAUCGUUUGUAUUUUGAAGAAAUCACAUUUGAGGUGGUUAUGGAUAUCUAUGAACUGGAACAUUCCGAGGGCAUUAUACUCUCCAUGGGUGGUCAGCUGCCUAACAACAUUGCCAUGGAUUUACAUCGUCAACAGGCCAAGGUAUUGGGUACCUCACCCGAAUCCAUUGACUCGGCCGAAAAUCGUUUCAAAUUCUCGCGUAUGUUGGAUCGCAAGGGUAUUCUGCAGCCACGUUGGAAGGAAUUGAUAAACCACGAAAGUGCCAUACAAUUUUGCCACGAAGUGGGCUAUCCAUGUUUGGUUCGACCCUCUUAUGUUCUCUCCGGUGCUGCCAUGAAUGUGGCCUAUUCCGAUCAAGAUUUGAUGACAUAUCUCACAGCUGCUUCCCAGGUUAGCAAAGAACAUCCGGUGGUCAUAUCGAAAUUCUUGCAAGAAGCCAAGGAAAUCGAUGUUGAUGCUGUGGCAGCGGAUGGUGAAAUUUUGUGUAUGGCUGUGUCGGAACAUGUGGAGAAUGCUGGUGUCCAUUCGGGUGAUGCCACCUUGGUGACGCCCCCACAAGAUUUGAAUGCCGAAACAUUGGAGAACAUAAAACGCAUUACCCGCGAUGUCGCCGGCCUCUUGGAUGUCACCGGCCCCUUCAACAUGCAAAUCAUUGCCAAGAACAACGAACUCAAGGUCAUUGAAUGCAAUGUCCGUGUCUCACGUUCCUUCCCAUUUGUAUCGAAAACUCUAAAUCACGAUUUCGUGGCCACCGCCACCAGAGCCAUUGUGGGCCUGCCCGUUGAACCUGUGGAAGUUUUACAUGGUGUCGGCAAAGUUGGUGUCAAGGUGCCACAAUUCAGUUUCUCACGUCUGGCCGGUGCCGAUGUCCAGUUGGGUGUGGAAAUGUCCUCAACCGGUGAGGUGGCUUGCUUUGGUGACAAUCGUUAUGAGGCCUAUUUAAAGGGUAUGAUGUCAACGGGUUUCCAAAUUCCUAAAAAGGCCAUAUUGUUGUCGAUUGGAAGUUUUAAGCACAAAAUGGAACUUUUACCCUCCAUCAGAGAUUUGGCUAAAAUGGGUUAUAAGCUAUAUGCUUCAAUGGGUACCGGAGAUUUCUAUGUGGAACAUGGUGUUAAUGUUGAAUGUGUCCAAUGGACUUUCGACAAGAAUGUAACGGACGAUCUGAAUGGAGAACUGAUGCAUUUGGCUGAGUUCUUAUCGCAGAAACAAUUCGACAUGAUUAUCAAUUUGCCCAUGAGGGGUGGCGGGGCCAGAAGAGUAUCCAGUUUUAUGACUCAUGGUUAUCGCACCCGCCGUUUGGCUGUUGACUAUUCCAUUCCCCUGGUGACGGAUGUUAAGUGUACCAAACUUUUGGUGGAAUCAAUGCGUGUCACUGGACGUAAGCCGGCCAUGAAAACACACACGGAUUGUACGACAUCCCGGCGCAUGGUCACAUUGCCUGGCUUCAUUGAUGUCCACACCCAUUUGCGGGAGCCGGGUGCAACGCAUAAGGAGGACUUUGCCAGUGGUACAGCGGCAGCUUUGGCUGGUGGUGUUACCAUGGUCUGUGCCAUGCCCAAUACCAAUCCAUCAGUAGUGGAUCGUAAUACCUUUACUUUAUUCCAAGAGCUGGCCAAGGCUGGGGCACGCUGUGAUUAUGCCCUGUUUGUUGGAGCCUCGGACAGUAAUUGGCAACAUGUCAAUGAACUGGCUGCCCAGGCUGCCGGUUUGAAAAUGUAUUUGAAUGACACCUUCAGUACUCUGAAAAUGACCGACAUGACCAUUUGGGAGAAGCAUAUGCAAAACUGGCCCAAGAGGGCUCCAAUUGUUUGCCAUGCCGAGAAACAGACAAUGGCUGCUGUUAUCCUUAUGGCCCAUUUGAUGGAUCGUGCGGUGCACAUUUGCCACUUGGCCCGCAAGGAAGAGAUUAUGAUUGUCCGAGCCGCCAAGGAGAAGGGUAUGCGGGUAACCUGUGAAGUGUGUCCCCAUCACCUGUUCCUCUCCACCAAUGAUAUUGGUAACAUUGGUGCAGGACGGGCUGAAGUACGUCCCGUUCUUUGCUCUGCCGAAGAUCAAAAGGCACUGUGGGAUAAUUUGGAAUACAUUGAUGUUUUUGCCACCGACCAUGCUCCCCACACUUGGGAGGAAAAGAAUUCCGAAAAUCCACCACCCGGUUUCCCUGGUUUGGAAACAAUUCUACCUCUUAUAUUGCAGGCAGUGGAUGAGGGUCGCCUGACAUUGGAUGACAUUAAAAAUAAAUUCUAUCGCAACCCCAAGAGAAUUUUCAGUUUGCCAGAACAACCCAAUACCUAUGUUGAGGUGGAUUUGGAUGAGGAAUGGAUUAUCUCCAAGGACUGCAUGCAUUCCAAGGCCAAGUGGACACCAUUCCAGGGCAAGAAGGUCAAGGGUAAGGUUCACCGUGUGGUGCUGCGCGGUGAGGUGGCCUUUAUUGAUGGUGAGGUAUUGGUCCAACCUGGUUUUGGCCAGAAUGUACGCAGCCAAUACAAUCUUAAGCCAAUGGAUCCAUUGGAAAUCAGGACAUCCUAUGAUAAUUUGGAAGCCAUCAAGGUAUUGGAUCGCAGUGCUGAAUUCGUAACCGAUUCCCAGACAAAUGAAGCAUUUACGAAAUUGCUAUCCGAAACUCCUUCCAAGGUCCAUUUCUCCGGAGAUCCAAAUUUCUUGCGGCCCAUUUCACCAUUGCCUCGUGUGCGUUGUGAUUCGGCCAGCAAUGCCACGCUCAAGGAGUUGAUACAAAGGACCUCAUCGGCAAGCGCCCCCAUUUCACCGGUGGCACCCACCUUGUUGGGACGUCAUGUUCUCUCUGUGGAUAUGUUUAGCAAGGAGCAGUUGAAUGAUAUUUUCAAUUUGGCCCAAAUUCUCAAGAGUCGUGUUGUCAAGGAUCGCCCGGUCGAUGAUUUGUUAAAGGGCAAGAUUAUGGCCUCCGUUUUCUAUGAAGUUAGUACAAGGACUUCGUGCAGUUUUGCAGCUGCCAUGCAGCGUUUGGGUGGCCGUGUCAUUUACAUGGAUCAGACCAGUUCUUCGGUGAAGAAGGGAGAAACUUUGGAGGAUAGUAUUGCUGUGAUGGCAGGAUAUUCAGAUGUGUUGGUCCUGAGACAUCCAGAACCUGGGGCAGUGGCGCGUGCUGCCCAACAUUCCCGCAAACCCCUGAUAAAUGCCGGUGAUGGUGUUGGCGAACAUCCAACUCAAGCCUUGCUGGACAUUUUCACAAUACGUGAGGAGAUUGGUACAGUGAAUGGUUUGACCAUAACCAUGGUUGGUGAUUUGAAACAUGGCCGCACUGUCCAUUCCUUGGCCCGUCUGCUGACGCUGUACAAUGUCACCAUACAAUAUGUUAGCCCCGAUAACCUUGGCAUGCCAGAUCACAUCAUACGUUAUUUGAAUUCGAAGGGUAUUAGCCAGAAAACAAUGCAGAGUUUGGAGGAAGCUCUUCCCACCACAGAUGUCCUAUAUAUGACACGUAUACAGAAGGAACGUUUCGCCAGCGAGGAGGAAUAUGAAAACUGCUGCGGCAAAUUCAUUGUCACACCCAAAUUGAUGACCCGUGCCAGCCGCCGUACCAUUGUCAUGCAUCCCUUGCCCAGAGUAUUUGAGAUUAGCAAAGAUUUCGAUUCCGACCCCAGAGCGGCAUACUUCCGUCAAGCUGAAUAUGGAAUGUAUAUUCGUAUGGCCCUCUUGGCCAUGGUUUGUGGUUGUCGUAACUGAUAUGAAAUGCAAAAUCAAAUAGAUUUUUAACUGGAAAAUCUGGCGGAUAUUGAAUUUCCGUUGACUCAUGACAAAUAGCAACAACAACAACACUAAGCACUUUAAAAGUACAAGUGUUGAAGAAGCAGACAAAGCAUUUGUUAUUUUUAUAUUUACACACAUAAUUUACAUAUAUAUACAUAUAUUUGUUAUGCCUAACUAUAGAUAUAAGAUAUAUAUUGAAAUGUUCUAUAUUGUAUUUGAUACGUAUAACAUAUCUUUUUAACGUUUUUUUAAAUAAAAACUGGAAAUAAAA